CAUUGGAGCAAGAAUGUCGCUGCUGCCGCAAAGCGUGCGCUACUCGCGACUGCUGGGCCACAAUCGCUUGUAUGAGCUCACACCCAGUGUAGCAACUGUUGCUGGCGAUUUGGACGACUCUGCGCUCGGCUAUUAUGAGAAAUUCAAUCUGAGCUGGCGCGCGCAGUUCUCGAGUCCUGCGCUAGCGCGUCAUAGCAUUGGCAGCGAGUUUAUGCUGGCGGGCAAGCGGCAGCGAUCUUCGCCUUAUGGCACCAUGGACGAUAUCGAUGCGGAGAACAGUCAAAAUGGUUGGUCUUGUCUGUUCAAUCGUUGUCGCCUCUAAGCGCCGACUGAAGCGCGUGCCCCAAACAGUUGUUGCCUUUAUAGUCUCACACACACGCACACACACACACAAACACACUCUGAGAUGUCAUUGGAAUAAAUUGUGCAUUACAUGUUUGUUUGUUGCCAACACACACUCAAAGUUUGUUAAGUUCAAAUUGCGCUGAAGG